AUGACUGGAAAAAUAAAAAAUCAUACACCUUACAAUCCCAACAUGACUAUUACCUCUAACAACACUAUCUAUAAUAAUACCCUACUAAUUACACCAAAUGGUAAACGAAGAGGACGUAAACCAGGUUUAAACAGCACAGUUGCGCAAAGAAGUGCAGCGAACGCUCGAGAAAGAUCUAGAAUGCGUGUCUUAUCUGGUGCAUUUGUUGAACUAAAAGGCGCACUCCCAUGGGUUCCCAAAGAUACAAAACUUUCCAAGUUAGAUACUUUAAAACUAGCAGCUGGUUAUAUCGCCUAUUUAAGGCGGAUAUUAGACACAUCGGAAUCACAUACAAUAAUAGCACGACCAUCCGUUGAGAUAACAGAAGAAUCAAGAUUAGUAAGAACAGCUACAUCGUUAAAACUAUCGGCUAGUCAAUCGAAUUUUGAAUUAAAUUCAAAUUUACACAGUAAUACAUUACCGGAUACGAUAAAGUUAUUUAAUCUUUUUACGAAUAACAGUGGUCUAAAGAAACACUAUGAUGAAAACUAUUCAAAAUAUACUUAUAAACAUGAAAAACGAAGAGAAAAAGGAGAAGAAGAGGACUAUCUACCCCUUCUUGAUCAUAAUCAACAACAUCAAAAUCCUCUAAAGCAAAACAAUAAUCAGCAGUAUUCCCAGUCAGAUCAAUGUAUAAUUAAUCAUUAUAAUCAUCAGCACCAUGUUCCUUAUGUACCAGAUCAUCAGUACGAUCAGACUCCACUUCAACAUCAGGAUCAUCAUCUACAUACUGUAAAUUCCGUCACAUGUCGUAAAUUCAACCUAUUAUCAACCUCAACAUCGUCAUCACCAUCACCAACUACCAUACAACCGACCACAGACAGCGAAUUUCCCAUCAGUCAGUCGAUUAAUGAAGCUGCCGACAAUAAUAAUAAUUCUGUCUAUUGUAUGGGAUAUAUGAAUGAUAGUUCUUUAACUAUGAAAAAUAGCCCGUCUUUUAUCUAUCCUGAAUUAUGCCCCAAUCAACAUGAAUUCAAAUCAUCAGUAUCCUCAUAUUUAGAUAAUAUUUACGGAAAAGAAACCUGGAAUAUUAUAAAUCAGACAAAUUACUCAGAUAGUUCUCAAUCUUUAGACGAAAGUGAAUUACAAUCGUUGACUCAUCUGAUAAAUGAAAAAAAAAAUGAAGACAAUAAUUUCUUAAGGCUUAAAAACAAUAUCCAUCCACAAUUCCAACAUUUGAUGAAAUCGCCAGUUAGACCAUCAUUAGUAUCUGAUAAAAACCCAACAACUGAGGCAGUAUUAUCUAAAUCAGGAUCAAUACAGGACAACGAUUUAAUUCCACAAUCAAUAUAUAUGACACAUUGUAUGAAACAAUGUCUACGGACUGAUACUAACUCAUCCUUGUCAUCAUCAGUAUUAUCAUCUUUAUCAGCUGAAGUGUCUGGAUCGGAGAUCAACCAUAACUGUAUAUUGUCAAUUAACACAAGCAACCACUUAUCAAACCUUCGUUUAACUAGACAAAUGAAAAAAAACAAUUUGUAG